AUGACCGUGGCCAGCGACGGAAAGGCACACCCGUACUCGCAGCUUUUCCAGCCGGCGACGAUGGCGCCGACGAUGGCCGAAAUCGAGCUGGACAUGCUGGCGCUUAGCGUCGGCGGUGAUGGCGACGACGACGACCACGGCGCCCACGGCGACUACGCCCCCCCACACGCCGCCGGAGCGAUGCUGCCGGCGCCGUACCCGGAACUGGACUACGGCAACGAAGCGCCGGUGUCGCCCAUCAAACCCACCGGCGGCGCCAUCACCAUGGUCGACUCGCCGCCGAAGUCGCCGCCGAAGUCGCCGGCAUUCACCGCGCACGAGCGCUACUACUCGCCGGAAUUGGAAUUACCCCAAGACGCCGCUACCGAGGGUAUUGACCCUAAUAUCGACGCCUUCCACCCGGGGUACGCCGAUGUCGGCAGCGGUUUUGGCGACGAUGAGAACCCCAUGGGUCAGCUGUACCUGCUGCAACGAAUCGAGCCGUUCCCCUCAGAUAUCCCCUCAGGAAAAAGAACUCGGGAUAGAGACGUGCUGACGCCUACAGUGCAAAUCCACCCGUUUAACCCUCACGAAGCUUAUCGUGAUUCUCCUCAACCAGCAUCGGUGUACCUGGACCUGAGCCUGUCGCAACCGGGCGGCUUCCAGGCGUUCCCUACGGAACCGAUGGCGCCCACCGAUAACUACGGUAACCCGGCGCCGUCCUCAAAUAAGCGCCAGUCGCAUCCGUACACGUUGCCGGCGCAUCUCCAACCGCAAGUGCCGCCAGCGAUGGGAGCACCCGCUCCCGGCGCCGCUCCGGGGGCUCCUGGGGCCCCCCAGCCUCCACAACAGCCGUUCAACUACCACUCGCAGGAGAUGAGCCCCGAGCGCGGCGCCGCGCCGGCGUUGUCGCCGCGCUUCGCCACCCGCAUCUUGGGCGAGCUGCCGGGGCUGAACUCGUUGCUGGCGCUGUCGCUGGUGACCAAUUUGAACCUUAAUCAUGGGCCGGGACCUCAGGAAUUGAUGCUGCGCCUGGAAACGCUGUUGCUUGUCCCCGGGGCCACCAACCCCGCCAUCUCUCCCGCCAAAUACGGCCACACCCGCCUGAUGUCGCUGCUGCUGCUGUUUUUCUACGACCGCAGCGACACGGCGCUGAUGGUCGAUUUCAGCCAGAAUAUCAUCCAGCAGUACUUGGGCUCCAACCUGAGCCACUUGGUGCCGAGAAUGAAGACUAUCGAGUUGUACCGUACCAACGCCAAAAAGCUGAAGGACCCCACGGUGAUCUUCCAGUUUGCUCAGUAUAUGUUGCAAACGGCGCUCAUGAUGGACGACGAGCCUCCCGCGGGCGCUACUAAAAGCAGCACUGCGCCUAGCACCAAAGCCCGGUCGCCAGUGCUGCCGCUGCGUCGUGGCGGCACCGGCACCAACGGGGCUCCCUCGCUGCCUUCUGAAGUCGAUGAACGCAAAUUGCGCCGUUCUUUAAUCAAAGAAGCGGUACACUACCUUAAGAAAUUGCUGGAUAAAGGGUACACUGAAGCCCAGUACCUCUUGGGUGAUGCUUACUCCUCUGGAGCCUUAGGCAAAGUGGAAAACCGUGAAGCUUUCGUGCUCUUCCAACAAGCGGCCAAGCACGGCCACGUCGAACUGGCCUACCGUACUCUGAUUUGCUUUGAAGAAGGUUUGGGGACGGGGCGCGAUGCUCGUAAAGCCGUCGACUACUUAAAGAUCGCUGCCUCUCGCAACCACCCGGCGGCGAUGUACAAGUUGGGGAUGUACAUGUUCUUUGGUCGCAUGGGGAUCUCGCGCAACAUGAACAACGAGAAGAUGGGGAUCAAAUGGUUGACGCGGGCGCUGAACGUCGCCAACGAAUUAACCGCGGCGGCGCCCUACGAGUUGGGUAAGCUCCACUUCCAUGGGUAUAAGGAUAUCGUCAUCCCCGAUCAAAACUAUGCUCUUGAGCUUUACGCUCAGGCAGCGGCGUUAGGCCACGUUGAAGCCGCAGCGCUUCUCGGCCAGUUCUAUGAAGUCGGGGAAGUGGUGCCUCAAGACGGUACUUUAUCAAUCCACUACUACACUCAAGCGGCGUUGGGAGGCGACCCCGAGCUGAUGCUUGCCAUGUGCGCCUGGUACUUAGUCGGGUGCGAGCCCCAUUUACCUAAAGAUGAGAACGAGGCGUUUGAGUGGGCUCGGCGGGCAGCUCAAUGCGGUUUGCCCAAGGCUCAAUUCGCCGUGGCAAACUUCUACGAGAAGGGUAUUGGCUGUAUCAAGAACGUCCAGGACGCUCAGAAGUGGUACGUGAAGGCCGCCGCCAACGGCGACGAGAAACUGUUGGCCCGCAUCACCGACCGCCAGCAGGCGGCGAAGAUCCAGCAGGAGAUGAAAAAGAAGCCCAAGAAGCAAAACAACUUGGGCCCCAAAGGCAUAGACGACAAGGAGUGCGUGAUCAUGUAA